AUGAAGCUCUUCGCCGCCCUCGCCAUCGCCGCCUUCGCUGCCCCCGCCCUCGCGGCCCCCGCCCCCGACGCCGAGGCCGCCGUCGUCGAGCACGACAAGCGCUUCCUCUCGUGCAAGAUCAAGGGCGUCAACUGCCGCGAGGUCUGCCGCUCCUUCUGCUACAAGGACACCGGGCUCUUCACGCUCGGCACCUCGUGCUUCCUCGGCAAGUGCAAGUGCUUCACGCCCGACGGCCGCAAGGUGCGCUGGCCUGCGCGCGAGAUCGCCCGCGGCAACUGGCCCAACUGGCCCUCGGCGUGCGGCGGCGGCGGCUGCAACGUCUGCCAGGCCCAGGACUGGUACGCGCUCCCCACCACCACGGAGAUCGACCCCGAGGCGUAA